GGCGAUGUGGAAUCACUCCGCGCGAACCUCGUCACACCAACGUCUCACCAUCUCCUCUCUUUAGAAUACGUUUAUAUUUACGAUCCAACACAUGUUAAAGGUUGUAUGUGGACGACUCUGGUUAUUAUGAGGACGACCUAAUCAAAUGUGGUUCGGUAGUGUGUUGUAUGGAAACAAUAUUGGCCAUCUGGAGUCAACUUUGCAGAUGACAUCGGUUCUACUAUAAAAGUUUCAUAUUUUUCCGCAUCUGGAGGAUAACCUUUGAUACACAACACUAUACACUCGAAAUCUUGCAUGUAAAUAUUUCCCUAUAUGAUGGCUUUAAACCCGACACCACCGAAUGCAGUCAAUACGUGGCCAAGGGAUCCUGUGGAAGAGAUCGGUGCAACCACACCGACAGCAGUGGCACCACCAAGUGCUCCUCCCCCACAACGGACCCCAACAGCUGUCACCCCGACCCAGGGGCAACCAGCGCCCACCACAGUCAUUGCUGCCCAACCCACCACCAAUGGUACUCCGAAUGGAGUAGGGUCACCGGACAAUAAACAACAAGUUAUAGAAUGUGUUGUGUGUGGGGACAAAAGUUCCGGAAAACAUUAUGGACAAUUUACUUGUGAAGGCUGCAAGAGUUUCUUCAAACGGUCAGUUAGACGAAAUUUAUCAUAUACAUGUCGUGGAAGCCGGCAGUGUCCCAUUGACCAACACCAUCGAAAUCAGUGUCAAUACUGCCGACUUAAAAAAUGUCUUAAAAUGGGAAUGCGUAGAGAAGCAGUUCAAAGAGGAAGAGUACCACCAACGCAGCAUCCCUUCCCCGGGCAAGUCACAUGGGCAAAUGGUGACCCUUUAAAUGGACACACAUACCUUUCCAGUUUCAUUUCCAUGUUACUUAGAGCCGAACCAUAUCCAACAUCGCGUUAUGGACAGUGUAUGCAACCUAAUAACAUAAUGGGCAUCGAAAAUAUAUGUGAACUAGCCGCAAGAUUGUUGUUUAGUGCUGUGGAAUGGGCAAGAAAUAUUCCCUUUUUUCCGGAAUUGCAAAUCACAGACCAAGUUGCAUUGCUUCGACUGAGUUGGAGCGAGCUGUUUGUUUUGAAUGCAGCCCAGUGCUCUAUGCCGCUUCAUGUGGCACCUCUUCUUGCAGCGGCUGGUCUCCAUGCUAGCCCAAUGGCCGCUGACCGUGUUGUAGCUUUCAUGGACCACAUUCGCAUAUUCCAGGAACAAGUGGAGAAACUGAAGACUCUCCAUGUAGAUUCUGCAGAAUACAGCUGUCUUAAAGCCAUUGUUUUAUUUAGUUCAGAUAGAAAACCUGAACCAGUUCCGUCCCAAAGACCCGCUGUCAACGGAUACAAUGCUUGUGGGCUUUCGGACGCUACUCACAUAGAAAACAUACAAGAGAAAUCUCAGUGCGCCCUCGAGGAGUACGUCAGAAGCCAAUAUCCAAACCAACCCACACGAUUUGGAAAACUCCUUCUACGGCUGCCAUCUCUACGAACGGUCAGUGCGCAAGUCAUAGAACAAUUGUUCUUCGUCCGGUUGGUUGGUAAAACCCCCAUUGAGACACUCAUCAGAGACAUGUUAUUAAGCGGUGGGUCGUUUAACUGGCCCUACAUGUCCAUACAAUGACUAUAUGAAUGAUCGAAAUAUAGGGCACUGUUAACGUCUACUCACACCCAGUCUUUCCAAAACUUGAAUCCCCUUUCCUAUCUUAUUUGUAUUUUCAAUGGUUUGUACAGGAAAAAAAGUCAUAAUAGUUUACAAAAUAUUGUUAAAAAGGAAUAUUUUAUAUAUUUUUGUUAAUGCUUGUGUAUUUUCUGUUUUGGUGGUUGUUUAAUAGUAUAUGAGAAAUCAUUUAUUUCCCCCUUCGCAGAAAAAAAAACUUUUUCGAACUCAAGCCUUUUCUUUUUGUAAGACCGCAGUGCAUUAUAGUUCUCAUUUUCUUUUAUUUCAUUGACUUUAGAAACAUGGGUUGUGCCCCCUUGCUUUAAGCUUUGAUGUUAUCAAAUUUAGUCGAACUUGGUGCACAGGUUCUAAAAUAUUUCCAUGUGUCAAGGAGGCAGCUGAUUUAUUGACCAUUCAAAAACACGACUAACUUUAUAAGUCUAGUUUCACUGCUUCUCUGCUCUGAUCUGUGAGGAACGAAUCCUUAGCAGCAUUCAAGCGUCAGAGAAGGAACUAAGGGCAGAGAACCGGUGCUACAGUCUCACUGUGCGUUUAAUUUUCGCCCCUGAAAGUGAAAUAUAAAAGUAUUUACCAUACCGAGGAGACUUGAUAUGAUCAAGGCUUACCUAGGUUGAAAAUCUUACUCUACAUUUUUGUGUAUAGUAGAAUUUCUCUUGCCCCUCUAAAACGAACGUGCCAUGUAUACCCCCAAUAGCUGAAUGUACGAAGUAACAUUCCAGACAUAAUCAAAAUCAUGUAAGUGGUGCGCAUGAUUAUCAAGAUUUAUAUAUAUAUAUAUAAAUAUAGCAAUACAUUUUUUGUACAUGUAUAUUUUACUGUUGAAAACAACGGCAUUUUUUUUCUCCGCUUUAUCUCCUUGAAAUGUACAUUGCAUGCAUUAUAAUCAAAAUAUGUUCCUAUAGUUAGCGAGGUGAUCUUCGUGGCAUGGAAUUAAAACAAUAUCUCUCAUGUAAUCCCUAUUGUUUCAGUAAACCAGACGUUUGUUUUCUUUGUUAAAUUGACAUUGUAGUCAAGAAAGAUGGUCUGGUGAAUUGAAAGAAAACAUCAUUUUAACUGCAAUUCAUUUUUUUUCACUCAUUUGGUUAUAAACCGUCUUUUCAUUUUUCAUUUAAGCCCAAUUUUAUACCCAGCUAAAUUUAAUGUCAUAUAACAUUCCAUCAAAUAUAUAGAUUUUUUUCUAACAGCAAAAAAUACUAAACUCAACAAUUUGGCCGUUUCUUUAAAAGCUAGUUUUAGAUAGCUGAGUAGUCUUUGUUAGAUGAAUUCGUCUACGUCUAGGGUUUACACACUUAUUUAAAACAUCCAACCAAAAAAUUUAUAUAACCUGUAGCAUUUUAUUCUGAGUAUCCCCCUCGCUUCACAUUUUUUGCAUGUAAAUAUUUUAAUUAUCAUCCCAGUAAUGUUUAUUAUUAUUAUUUUGAAGAAGCUAUAUGUCAUUACUUGUAUCAGAGGCCAAAGAAAUAAACACACCAUACACAGUGUAUAAAACAAUCUGUUAGUAUUAAACAUCUGUUUUGUUUUGUUCAUGUUUUAAUUUGAUACAAUGUUUUGUUUAUGUAUUUCAAUUGAAAAUUGAUAAAACUUGUCUUGAUGACUUUUUUUUCACCAUCAGCGAAACGUUUGAUUUUUAAAAAUGUUCUUUCCUUUAUACACGUGGCUUUGGGUAGCAGGGGAUGUUCGGGAUCUGUUGACUUAUCAAAUCUUAAAUGAUAUCAUAUUUUUAGGUUAUGAAGUUUAAGAUCAGCAAAUUUUUGUGCAUGUUUGUUUGUUUUUCUAGUCUUUUUUUCAUAAAACAAAACAAAUUGCUUCCCAUGUCACAAUUUAAAAAAAAUCAGAACUUAAGCCAAUGUAAUCCAAGGAUAGUUUUGUCAUUUUUAUUAUUUUGCUUCACAUGAAUGUACCUUUUACCAGAUAAUCUAAACAUUGAUUUUUAUUUUCAAAUUGCCAAAGGAAAGCUUCCGCCAUAAUAUUUUGUUGCUUUAGUAUGAGAGUUGUUAAUAAUUAAGUGUUUUGUUUAAUUAUUAUUAUUAUAUAUAACCAAAAAAAUCUAUCACAAAUAUAUUAUAUUGAGUUGUGAGAGAAACAUGAGAUGUACACUUAUCCUGUAAACGAGCUGUUGAUUUUUAAAAAAAAAUUGUUGACAGAGUAUUUGUUCAAGUAAAAACUCUUACUUUGGUCGGACGCUAGUAAUAAUAAGGAACUAAGCCAAGUCUAACGACUUUACGUAUCCGGUUCAUUGUCGAAGGGCGCGACCAUUGCAAGAGUUUCAUUAUGUGUGUUCUAAUUCCAGCGUAUGAUUAUGACCGUACUAUUCUGUGUUGUGCUAAAAGUGUCCAAGACACUUAAUUCUGUCCAUGGCUUAUGAAAUAUUAAAGUGUUGUAAAACGAC